AUGCCUUUUGGAAUCAACAAUCCGCUGCCAUCUUCUAUGAGAAGCGAAUGCAAAAAGGCGGGCAAGAUUCUAGCAUCUUUUGUUGAUCCCAGACAAAGCUUUGGUCCGGACAAAAUCAUCCCUCCCUCUAUUCUGGGAAAUGCCAAGGGUCUCGCGGUUCUCACGGUUUUCAAGGCUGGUUUUCUCGGCUCAGGUCGACUAGGCUCCGGUAUUGUUGUCGCUAGACUUGCAGAUGGCUCGUGGUCAGCUCCUUCCGCCAUCGCAACCGCUGGUGGUGGCUUUGGAGGUCAGAUUGGUUUCGAAUUGACCGAUUUCGUCUUCAUUCUCAACGAUGCCGCCGCUGUUCGAUCCUUCUCGCAAGCAGCUUCGGUCACUCUUGGUGGAAACGUCAGUAUCGCCGCCGGUCCGGUCGGUCGCAAUGCGGAAGCGGCAGGCGCAGCUAGCACGAAGGGUGUGGCUGGUAUUUUUGCAUACAGCAAGACGAAAGGACUGUUCGCCGGUGUCAGUCUGGAAGGAAGUGUGCUGAUUGAGAGAAGAGAUGCGAAUGAGAAGAUGUACGGAGGCCGCAUAACGGCAAGACAACUCCUCGAAGGUGGCGUCAGACCACCUCCAGCUGCCGACCCGCUGAUGCGGGUUCUGAACACUCGAGUCUUCUCGGGCGCAGCAUUCUCGGAUAACAUGUACAACGACAUGCCUAUAUACGACGAUCAGCAUGAUGAUCUGGUGUGGGAGGGACGGACAGGAUCGGGCUAUGGGGCUAAUGUCCGCAACAAUCGGUCGUCAACCGUUGGAUCGCGAGACGAUAAUUAUGAGUAUCACGACAAUCCGCGACGAGCGACUACCUGGGAUGAUUACAACUCACCCUCCAGAGAGAACAAUGGGUUCGGCAACAGAAGUCGAUCGAGCACGAUGAAUGAUGAUUAUACAUAUUCCGACAACAAACCCAGCAGACCCACUGCGCCGAAGCCUGUUUUCCGCCAACGCACGGGGUCAAUCGGCCCCAACCAAGCGAUUGCUCUGUUCACGUUCGAGGCUGAGCAAAAGGAUGAUCUCGGCUUUAAAAAGGGCGAUAUCAUCACCAUUACCGAGCGAACGAAAAGUAAAGAGGACUGGUGGAGGGGACGGACUGCAGAUGGCCGAGAAGGCAUGUUCCCUUCAAAUUAUGUCGAGACAGCUUCAUGA